GGUUCAAUUUUUGAGUUCAACGUUUGAUUUUUAAAAUUUGGUGUACAUAGCGAUGUUAGACUGGAAUCUUUGGUAUUUAGGAAAGCCCCAAGCAAGAGUCGACACGUGCACGACAAGAGGCGGAUCGUGCAUUCGGUCAAAUAUACGUUGUGAUGGUUAUGUAGACCAUUAUGCUUUAGGAUGUAGAAAGAAUGUCUGCUGCAAACCAGCGCCAUCUACUGUCAAUCCUGAGCCAGCACAUCCAGGCACGGACAAGUGCGGACUAAUAACACGGGUACAGACACGCCAUGUAGAUCCGCGCCUUAGAGUGGUGGGCGGUGAUCAAGCUUUGGACGGCGAGUGGCCUUGGCAGUAUGUUGAAGGAACUGGUGACAAUGUUGUACUACGACAUCUACGCAUUCCGAUAACCUCUUCUAUGACGUGUAACUCCAGCUGGGACGGAGUCAUCACCGACAAACAGCUCUGUAUAGGAACUGGGGACACGGGGGCAUGCCGGGGAGAUUCUGGGGGACCAUUGGUGUGUCUGCGUCAUGAUACGUUUGUACUGGUGGGCGUGACGUCAUGGGGAUCAUCAACUUGCUCUGAGUUGGGUAAACCAAACGUGUUCACGAAAAUCACCGCUUAUCUCCCCUGGAUACAGAGUGAACUGUCGGCAAUAUGAGGACAAAUACAAAUAAAGAUUGUCUGCUUGGAUUAAAUAAAUUGCACAACAAACACAUCCAAUGAUAUUUCGCCUUGUAUAUUUAAAAAUAGUGUUUGAGUGUCAGAAUGAUAAAUGAUAGAUAUUUAU